AUGGCAUUGUCCAACAGCUUGGAUGAGGUUGUCUUGUCUUGCGAGCUCCAACUAUCGAAAGAUAAUCGUGGAUUUUGCAUGCCCGAUUUGACCCUUCAGAAUUCAACCGACAUACAAGAUGUCUUUCGUGAUAGGAAACGUUCCUACAAAGUCAAUGGACAGGAAGUUGAAGGGUGGUUUGCCAAUGAUUACACUGCUCAUGAGUUAUACCAUAAUGUAACAAUAAUGCAAAGUGUAAUGAGUAGAACAGCUGCGUUUGAUCGAAUGCCUACUUUCAUGAUUGAUGAUAUACCAAGGCUUGGUUCAUCGAAGAGAAGAAAGAACUUCUGGUUAAGUGUUCAGCACAGCACCUUCUAUACGGAAAACAAACUUGAUCCUGCAUCGUACAUUAAAAACAUUUCGAAUUUUGUCGAUAUAGACUACGUUUCGUCUACGGAUCUUAAUUUCUUGAGGAAACUGAAUGGCCAAGUGAAAAACACGACAAAGAUCAUCUUCCAAUUCCUACCAGAUAAAGCAAUCGAACCCACUACGAAACAAGAAUAUGGUUCACUACUGAAGAAUCUAUCUUCCAUCAAGUCAUUUGCAUCUGGGAUUCUUGUACCGAAAGUAUUCAUCUGGCCCGUAUGUAAUACUAGUUAUCUGAAGCCUGCCACUAGUCUGGUAGUCGAUGCUCAUAAGCUUGGCCUAGAAGUAUAUGCUUCUUGCUUUGCAAAUGAUAUCCUAUCGAGUUACAAUUACAGCUAUGACCCCACAGCUGAGUACCUGCAGUUUAUUGAUAAUUCGGAGUUUGCUGUUGAUGGGGUUCUUACUGAUUUUCCUUCCACUGCAUCAGAAACAAUUGCAUGCUUAGCAAAUAACAAAAAUAGAAGCAGGCCAGCCGGAGGAAAACCUUUGAUCAUAACAAGCAAUGGAGCGAGUGGGGUCUAUCCCGGCUGCACAGACCUGGCUUAUCAGCAAGCAGUAGACGAUGGAGCAGACGUAAUAGAUUGCUCAGUCCAAAUGUCCAAAGAUGGAGUAGCAUUCUGCUUGGGUUCACCAGAUCUCACCCUAUAUACUACAGCCUUGGCUACUUUUACUUCAAGAUCUGCUAAGAUCCCUGAAAUUAAAAAUAAUAGUGGAAUUUUCUCAUUUGAUCUCACAUGGAACGAGAUUCAAACUCUGAAGCCUCAAAUACACGAAGAAUACGCAAGGGAUGGUUUUCGAAGAAACCCAGUAAACAAGAACGUGGGUAAGCUCGUGACUCUCUCCGAGUUUUUGGAGUUCUCCAAGAAGAAGGCAGUUUCUGGGAUUUUAAUUAAUAUAGAUCAUGCAGCAUUCUUCGCAUCACAUAAGGGUCUUAACUUAUAUGAUUCCGUUGCCAAAGCUUUGAGCGAUGCCUCAUAUGACAAGCAAUCCAACCAAAAAGUGUUGAUCCAAUCCGACGACAGUUCAGUGCUAUCGAAGUUUAAAGAUGUCUCAAAUUACAGAAGAGUACUGAACAUCAGAAAGCUAGUGAGCAAUGUGUCCAACGAGAUGGUGGAGGAAGUCAAGAAAUAUGCUGAUGCAGUCAAUCUCCGAAAAUUCUCAAUCAUUCCUACUAGCAACUACUUAACCCUUCCUAACACUAACGCGGUUGAAAAAAUGCACGCAGCAAAUAUAUCCGUGUACGUUUCAACUUUCAGAAACGAAUUCAUCACAAUAGCACACGAUUACUUUGGGGAUCCAAUGGUGGAGCUUGCAACUCACAUUAUUGCAAUGGGAGUUGAUGGUAUUGUCACCGAGUACCCGGCAACUGCAAACGCAUAUCUGAGAAGCCCGUGUGCUGAUCCCAAAACAAAGACCCCAUACAGCAUCUUGCCGGUCAUGCCGGGGAGUCUGCUCAGCCUCAUUAAUCCUAAAUUUAACACCCCUGCAGAUUCCCCUACGCAUCCCCUUGCUACUACAGACGUCGUUGAUCCACCACUGCCUCCUGUUUCCAAUGUCUCUCAUGUCAGUAAAACUGCCGCAACAGCUCCGGCCCCUCAGCAAAGCGGUCAGGCAGCACAAGUAGCUAAUGUGGGCCUUUGUCUAGUAGCAACUCUGGUGCUUAGUUUGCUUACUAUGGGACAUUAAACAAUGGUUGGUUUUGCAUGGGACUCUAACCACAUGCUUAAUUUUCUUGUUUUUCAGUCAACAUUGUUUCUUUUCAAUUACAUUAACAUUGUAUUUUAGUACAUUUAUAGUAAAUGCUACUUUUAUUUCAG